AUCGUCGAGCGCGACGUUUCUCGAAAAAUCGAACGAUCGACCGCGGCCACGGCUCGCGCCUGUCGCUACGAACGACGAAAUAAUUUGCUACUCGAUAAUCAAGAUAAGGUUUGACGAAAUACAAAAUUAUUUCUACUCAUGACGCGAUCGAGGUGUGAUUAUUUGAAUUUGAACGCGGAUAGCGAUAGUUUGUAGAAUCAUAUCGCGCAAUAUGGCGGCUGUAAACGAGACAUCGAGAAGGAUUUUCAGAAUUAUAUUUUCAAAUCGUCACGCAGCAAAGUUUAUAAGCACAGAGAGUGUUCUAUAGAAGAUUGCCGGGAUCGUUACUUGUCGCUAUAUAGAUGAUACUCUUGACUCAUGACUCACUAUAAAAAUUAUCGAUUAAUUCCAGUUGUGUGGAUCGUGUAAAUAUAAUAAACCGACGCAAAGACGUUAUGUUGUUAUAGCAACUAUCUGUAACCUUUAAUAAUCUGACGUCGAUUCGCAUCGACGCUCGACACGUGUGGUGUGACGUUUUCAAAACUAGUCGGCAAUAUAGUGGCAAACCCAGCGCAAAAAUUGACAGAUCGAAAUGUCACGAUUAUACGUAUUAAAAUUAUGCUCCGUGAUGAAAAACGCCAGAACGUCGGAGUGUGUUUUGAAUCGAUUUCACCUUAAAUACGGUGAUCGAUCAAACAACGCGAUAUGUCGGAGAGGUUAUUCUGAACAUUCCUCGCAACUGGCAUCGCGGAUUUAUCCGUUGUACAGAUUGUUGGACAGAGUAUUGUCCGAUUGUCCCGUGAAACUUUCAACAACGAAACAAGAAUACAGAAAAUACGACAAUAAGUACAGAAGACAUUACAAGCAUCUUGGAAUUCUCUUAAGCAGUCUUGGAUUUAUAAUGGCAUUUUGCGAUGCUCCAAAUUUUGCAGAAAAGAGAUUUUUUCGUUCUGCUCAGUAUGGUAAUAUUUCAGAAUUAAAAAAGGCUAUUGCUGAUGGCAUUGAUGUAAACAUUAGACAUCCAUUGGGUUGGACAGCAUUACAUACUGCUGCUAUAAAUCAAAAAGUAGAAGUCAUCAAAAUUUUGUUGCAGAAUGGUGCUGAUGUAAAUGCAGGGGAUAAUUUUGUUAAUGUAUAUAGAACCGCCAUGGAAAUGGGCUUACAUUCUUUGGAUGUUCUUAUGAAGAGAGAGGAAGAAUUUUCUGAUCGAUUGAAUAAUCGUGCUACGUUUCAAGGUUUUACAGCAUUGCAUUACGCUGUAUUGGCCGAUUCAAAAAUAUGUGUGAAAGCAUUAUUAGAUGGAGGAGCAAACCCAACUGUAGAAAAUGAAGCUGGCCAUCGAGCAGUUGAGUAUGCUACAGAAGGAGAAAUCAAAGAAAUGCUUAUCAAACAUGCUAUUAAAUAUGAUGAAAUAGUAAAAGAGAAGGAAGCGGAAGAACGUCGUCGAUUUCCAUUGGAACAACGUUUGAAGCAACAUAUUGUUGGGCAGGAAGGACCAAUUUCUAUUGUUGCAUCUACUAUUAGGAGGAAGGAAAAUGGUUGGAUAGAUGAAGAGCAUCCAUUGGUAUUUCUCUUCUUGGGUUCGUCAGGCAUUGGCAAGACGGAAUUAGCCAAACAAUUAGCUGCUUAUAUUCAUAAAGAUAAACGAGACAGUUUUAUUCGAUUGGAUAUGUCUGAAUAUCAGGAAAAACAUGAGGUUGCAAAAUUAAUUGGAGCACCACCAGGAUAUGUGGGACAUGAUGAUGGUGGACAACUGACCAAACUUUUAAAAAAACACCCUUCUGCUGUUGUAUUAUUUGAUGAGGUUGACAAAGCCCACCCUGAUGUUUUGACUAUUCUACUACAGCUCUUUGAUGAAGGAAGAUUGACCGAUGGUAAAGGAAAAACAAUUGAAUGCAAGAAUGCCAUUUUUGUAAUGACAUCAAAUUUAGGAAGUGAAGAAAUUGCAGAGCAUGCAAUGCAACUCAGAGCAGAGGCUGAAAGAUUAUUAAACCAUAGGCUAACUAAUACUUCUAAAGAUCAAGAACCGGAACGUAUUGAGAUAUCUCGUAACUUUAAAGAUCAAGUGGUACGUCCGAUAUUGAAAGCUCAUUUUCGGAGAGAUGAAUUUCUGGGAAGAAUAAACGAAAUAGUAUACUUUUUACCAUUUUCCCGAGCAGAAUUAAUAAAAUUAGUCACCCGGGAAUUGGAAGCGUGGGCUACGCGUGCAAAAGAAAGGCACAUGAUCGAAUUAAAGUGGGAAAGAGAGAUCUUAUCGGUAUUGGCAGAUGGUUACGAUGCUCAUUAUGGUGCUCGUUCCAUUAAGUAUGAAGUAGAAAGACGUGUUGUCAAUCAAUUAGCAGCAGCUCACGAACGCGGGCAGCUUGGUAAAGGAUGUUGCGUAUUGUUAAAAGCAAAGUGGCAUGAAAAUGGUGCAAGCAUAAUCCUUUCUGUUAGGCAAAAGGGUUCAAAAAAUUUUGUCGAUAUUAUAGAAACAGAUAAAUUGACGACAAACGUUAAUUCAAAAUUUUUAUAAUUAAUGCUAUGUAUAUAGAAAGAAAGGAUGCAACAUUAUUUUAAUUUGUACAUAAAUACAGUACUACUAUUAUCUGAAAAAGAAGUAUAUAUAUAUAAUGUUGAAGUCGGUCAUUUGUAAUAUGGUACAGUAUAUAAAACAUAAUAUACAUAUUGAUAUUGAUUUAUAAUUUAAAUGUAUAAAACAUAUAAUAAAAUGUAUGGAAAAAAGAUUGGGGAAUAUAUUUUAUAAAUUGCAAAUCUGUGAGAGAAGUGUGGGAUAGAAUACAUAUGAUUCCUGAUGUAAAUAACUUUAUUUUAGAUGCAAUUAUGAUUGGAUCGAGAAUACAUUACAAGAAAAUAUUAAUUACACAUCACAUUUAGAAUACAUUACUUGCUCUUCGCGGUGUGUGUGUGUACGGAGACGAGAGACUUACUUUUAAAAACUCUUCAAAACCUGUCGCAGCAAGAACGUUCUUUCUACUUUACUUUAAAAUCACGACACAAGUAAGAUAAAACAAUCCUUCUUAUCCUUAUUAUUGGCAGGACAAACGUCACCAUUUUUUUCACUUUUUAAAUCUCUUGUUAAUUAAGAUAUUAAGUGAGGCUUUUCUUGGUAUACCGUAUAAUGCAAGGCAAAUUCAGGUUCAUCAAUAGGUGCGUUUAUUGAUUGAAGAACCACGAACGAGUUUUCUUUUCAUUCACAUACAAAAUAUAACAACUCGCGCAGGUUCUGUAAAACAACUGAUGUGUCGCGACAUCAAUUUUUCAUCGGUGAACAAUUGAGUUUUCAGCAUACACAUCAAAUAAUCGAGUAAUUUUUUUCAUUUGGUAUAAAUAUAAUUUGACAUAAGCUUUGAAAAAUUGAGCUCCUUAUGUAACGAGAAUAUGUGUAAGUAUACUUUAUAAAGAACUCUUCGUCGACGUGGUGUAGAAUAUAGAAUACAUAUCGAAAGUACAUUUCAGCAGACACACCCAAGAUGAUUGUACGACGGUAAACAUAUAUAUGUAUAUAUAUGUAUAUAUAAGAACAUUUUUUUGUCAAGAAUGUAUAUUAAUAUUAA